GGGACUGUAUACACCGUGUCAAAUAUAUGGAGUGUUAUGUACAUUGAGUUGCCUUUCUCUUUCGUCAUGACUAUUAUUUGGUACCCUUGCCUUUGACAUCCUUCUCCUUCCUUUCGCUCGCGGGCCGAGUUUCUCUCACCCUUCGUUCUAUAAGAAUACCCGCCAGGCCGCGGUUUCACUUCCCCUCAGAGCUGCGCUCUACACACUUCUUCUGUCACAUCAAUCGGCCUAGCCAACCGACUCGUCUUCUCUUGAAUCACGCAAUACUCGACUUUGUAAGCCAUGGGUAAAUUCAUCUGGCACGAAUGGGCUCGCUUCGUUUCGAUCUCCGCCUCCAUUUACCUCCUCUGGGCUGGCAUGUGGGGCAUACUCUUCCGCAAAUUCUUCUUUGACUUCGUCGAUCACACCUACACUAACGGGACGCCUCCCCUUCCUGUCCCCAAUGCUCGCUACAAGCCCAUCUUGGAUAUCAUUGUCACGAUACCUUUGAUCCAACUGUUCGCCAUGGUGAUGGCUCUUGGUACCCUCGCCUUCGAGAACCCCAUCCCUCCUCUCAAGAACACCUUUGCCCAUCGCAACUUUACGUUCAAAGCGGUCUGGUUGCUGCUCCAAGCAACUCUCGCAAUACUCUUUUACCAAGGCACAAACGCUUUCCUUUGGAGCAUCAUCGCUGCCGGUGGCUAUGCCCGUGCGGUGAGCCUCGGUGAGGUGGUGAGGGAUGAGAAUGGGCCAAGACCUAGGGGUGAUGCCUCUGCCCACAUACGUGCUUGAUGGCGUGGUGGCGUGGGUAUGGACCCCAUCGAGUUGUGAGCGACUUCCUUCGGGAGAGGACAUGUUGGCUACAUGUUGUGCUCCUUUCCGAAGAUGUUCUCCAACUCAUUCUCGACGGCCCAAAAUUUCCUCUCCACGAUGCACAAUAUCGAGUAAGCGCGAGGCUGCCACUGGUUGGACGAGUCCGGAGUGAUAUUUGGACCGCCGAGAUUGGGGGAGAAUGACAUCUUCGACCAUUCUUUUAUACGUUUUGAUCAUGGACUGGACUUUUUGACAGAAAAC